AUGGCCGACCGAUUUCCCUCACUCGAAGACUUUGACUCCGGAGCACAAACACAGGAAUCUGGCACACCAGGCACAGGCGGCGAUGACUUCCUAGCCCGCGAGAAAGCGCUGUUGGGCGAUGACGCAGACCAAUUUGCGACUGGCAAUGAUAAUGCCGCGUUCGUAGAGGACGGAGAUGAUGAUUUAUUGGGCGGAGGUGGUGGUGAAGAAGUGACUGAAUUCGAGAGCUCAUUUCCUGUCAUCGAUACCAGAAAUGAUGCAGUAGCACCAGGCGGCAGCAUCACCAACACGAACCACUACCAAGCCUACAGUAGCAACGAAAGCGAAGCCGAGCCCGAAGUAAUCACGCAAUGGCGGGAGCGUCGGGACCUGGCUCUCGCGGCGCGCGAAGAGAAGUCGGCGGAGCGCCAGGCCGAGACUAUCAAAGCGGCGCAACAGAACAUCGAUGACUUCUACGAGAACUAUAACUCUAAGAAAGAGAAGAGCAUUAAUGCUACACGCAAGGAUGCAGAGGAGUUUUUGGCGAAGAGGGAGGAUACUAGUGCCGGUGGUACAAGCUGGGAGCGGAUUGCGAAGUUGGUGGAUUUGAGUGGCAAGGGUGCAAGGGGGGGCGCGAUGGGACGGGCAAAGAGAAGUUUAGAGAGUUGUUGCUUAGUUUGA